ACUUACUCUACUUACUCUACUUACUCUACUUACUCUACUUACUCUACUUACUCUACUUACUCUACUUACUCUACUUACUCUACUUACUCUACUUACUCUACUUACUCUACUUACUCUACUUACUCUACUUACUACUAUAUACCUGCUUCUAUAUCUUUUAUCUUGCUAUACUACCAUAUCCCAUCGCUAUAUACUAUCUAUUCAUCGCUUCCUAGGGAUCGUUAUCAUCCCACCUCCGACCUGAGAUAGGCCAUUACCCAUUACUACUCUAAACCAAAGGAAAAAGCAGCCCGUGGGGAAUCCUCCGCGAAGAGAAUCACGGAUGACGGAUCAGAGUCUAGCCUAAUGGAGACCCCGCAUUCCUAUUAUGACUCCUCUUUCUGCUGUAUUUAUAGCUCCUCUUCCUGCUCGGAACACAGCUUAAAGCUCUCAAUCACUCACCCAAAAAUUGAUUAACAUAUACUGCAGUCACAAAUGGCUUCAUCAUCUCCAACUCUAAAAGAAAAUAUUAAAAAGGCCUACGACAACGUAGCUGUCAAGUACGCAGAAUGGACAAAAUCAAGCUAUCCAACCCGCGUCGAAUAUCUCCAGAAGCUACUCGCAUACCUUCCGCCCUCACCCGUCGAGAAGUCGGUUCUUGAGUUGGGCUGUGGCUCUGGCCAACCUUGCACUGCGAUCCUUGCUUCAAUCCCUGGCAUGAAAGUCACAGCAAACGAUAUCUCACCGGUGCAGCUCACCCUUGCCAGAGAGCAUCUCCCUUCUACGAACGUGUCUCUUGUUGAGGGAGAUAUGAUGGAGCUGUCAUUUGAAGACAACAGUUUCGACGCCGUGAUUGGCAUGUAUUCGAUCCUCCACCUGCCGAAGGAGGAACAAGUGACUCUAUUAGAAAGGAUAUACAAGUGGCUGAAGCCUGGGGCAUUGUUUCUGGGGAGCUUUGCGGCAGGCCUUGAGGGUGAGGACUUGGUUGAUAAGAAUUGGCUGGAUGGGAAGGAUGGCGAGAUGUUCUGGAGUGGCUGGGGAGAAGCGAAGACCUGUGAGAUUGUGUCUUCAAUCGGAUUUGAGCUGGUUCUCAGGGAGGUUGUCGCUGAGAUUGAGGAAGAGAAAGGAGAAGGAAGGGAAAUCCCCUUUUUAUGGGUCCUGGGGAAGAAGGCGGAUAAUUGAGCAGGCGAUGAUAGUUCGUCUUACCUUUCUACGGCCUUCCGGAACGAUGAUUGUCCUGGGGUGUGGCAACUAUUUAAUAGGAAACUUCAACGGCUCCAUUAAGCUUGGCGACUGCUCAAGGGAACAUGGUACGACUCAAUCCAAGCAAGCUUCCAAGGAACAGUAGAAGAGAAUAGAUUGGAAGAUUAGAACAUUCUCUGGACGAACUAUUCGCUAUAAGAGCACAGGAUUCGAUUUUA